UUUAAGAAUGAGCGGAAACUGUUCUGUUUUCGUCGCCGGUCCGAACGCUUUGGUGUUAUUAGUUUGAUAAUUUGGUGGAAAACAAAUGAUUGUAGCGCCACCUGUGUUUCUGAAGUUUGGUUAAAACACUGCACGUCCGAAGUUGAAGAUGCCAGCUCGAAACGUGGUGUCCAACGGGACUCCGAACGACAGGGUUCACUACUCCAGGUUAGCUAGUGAUGAUGACGGCUACAUUGAUUUACAGUUCAAAAGAAGCCCACCAAAAGUCCCGUACAAAGCCAUAGCACUCGCCGUCUUCCUCUUCUUAAUUGGCUCUGUGUUAAUCAUCAUUGGCUCCCUUCUUCUGGCUGGAUACUUUGGAGUCACACACUCGGACCGAACUGUGCCAGUCCUCAUCAUUGGAAUACUCGUCUUUCUUCCUGGCUUUUACCACCUGCGAAUCGCUUACUACGCAUUUAAAGGUUACCCGGGCUACUCCUAUGAUGACAUUCCAGACUUUGAUGACUGAGUACAACAGCCACAGCUUGUACACCUUCACAUAAUCCUUUGAAUUUUGUUCUGCUAAUAUGCUGUUUUUAAAGCUGUGAUGUGUUCUUUUAGAGAGAAAUAGUUUGCACUUGAAUGUAAAGAGUUUCAUGCCAUUGGUGCAAAAUGCCAGCUUAACUGUUUGAAGGUAGAUCUGUAUCAGAUGUUGUUUUGACACCCUGGUAAGUCAAUAAAAUGUAACAUGACAGUUCUU